AUAUGGUAUAUUGAAUUUAGACACAGGUAGAUAUUCAACUACUGUAUUGUUGAUUUAGUAAUUUUUUCUGUGUAAGAGUGCAUAGGAUUUCACCCUGGAUGCAUUUCAUCAUGAAAUUUAUUACCUUUUGACAGUGUGUUGGGGUCCAUGUAGCUUGGGGAGAGUUUUUUAUAUUAAUGGAGGUGUAUACAGUAUUUCUUCCUCUCACACUCACCAGCUUCCUGAGGCUGUUUUAAAUCUGGAAGAUUAGUGAACUAAUUGCGGGGGAAAGAAAUGUUAUAGUCAGAAAACUCAGACUUUCUCUUGAACAAAAGUGAAGACUUUCAAAUAUAAGGAACUAUUGGACAUUUAUUCAUUUUCAGUAAUUUAUAAUUCAUUUUUAAAAUCAUAAUUGAUGUAAUUUAAAAAAUCUCUUAAGAAGAGAUUUUAAAAAAUUACAUCAAUGGUGAUUUUAAAAACUGAGACUAUGGUUCCCCGGACUGUGAUACUUCUGACUAAUAGGGCUGGGGCAGGGAUUUAGGGUGCGUCAUAGCUAUGUGCACUAGCAGCUAGAAUGAAAAAACUCCCAAGAGGCUAUUUUCACCUCCAGAUGUGUGAGCAGAAGUGAUAUGUGCAGAAACAAAGGGACAUUUAUCAAGCCACGCUAUGCAGAAAUUGAGGAACCACUUUUCUAAAACAUCCCCAUCACUUAAUAAUAGUUAUUAUUAUUAUUGUUGUUAUUGUUAUUGUUAUUAUUUGUAUCCCACCUCUCCCAGUAUUGGAUCAAGGCGGGUAACAGCAAACAAGAACAAUAAAAUCAAACAUGAAUAUCAAUAGAUAAAAGCAUAGCAGGACAUAUUAAUGCUUCUGUCAGUUGUUAAGAAAAAAGUGUUAUAUUUUCAGUCCUGAAAACACAUUUUAUAGCUUAAGAAGUGAAACAAAUGGAUUUUAAAUCUGCAGUUCUGCCUUGUAAUAUGUCUGAUUACACUAUGUCUAGCUGGAGUGCUGAGGAAGCUCUGUGAUCAGCCCCUUUCCUCUGUUCUACAUCAUUCUACAUUGUUGGAUUUUGCUAACUUUUCUUAUUCCAGUGUGUGUAUUAAAGUGUUUUUACAGAAGCAGAAUAAGUAAGAAUACUCAUCAGCCCACAUCACCUCAGAAUAUUAUUAAAUGGGAAAGUAUCAGAGAAGGAGAGGAGGGUGGGGAAUGGUGAGAAAGUCUCAAUCACCAAAACAAUAUAAAUAUUUGAGUCAUAACCAGCUUGCAUAAUGUGAUGCUUUCUUCAAGAUGGGCGUGGAAAAAGGGAUGGUGUAAAGAAACAGACUGUAUCUGUAACACUUCAGCAUCCCAGAGUGAAUGUAGUAGGGAAAGGAAUGUAAAGUAUGUUUCUUUUCUGGGUAUCUUGAUAUUGACAGCAUGUGACUUUUGGAGUGAGUUUCAAAGCCAGGCAGUUUUCCAGCACUUGUUUUUCUAAGCAACAAAAAGCAUGUUAAUUAUUGCAAAACUAUGAAAGAACUGGUUAAAGAAGACUAAUUCUUUAGGACUAUUUUUCUGCAUAUUGUCAUUGUUUAUUGAAUUGCCAAAAAUCUACCAGUAAAGAAACGCGGGGUUUAUUUCCUGCAAUGGCUAUUCAGUUUAAUUGCUCUUGUAAUAUUAGUUGACUGAAGUUAAGAAUAAUAUUUUGAAAUGUAAUCCUUACUCAAAUUAAUCUGAAAGUAUUACACUUUCAUACUCACAAAAUUAUUUAUCAGUGGAAUUGAAGAAAACAAGCAAGAUGGUUGACUAAUUAUGGAAGAGAACUUGCUGUACAACAAGGAUGGAUUUCGCUUGUUCUGAUUAGCACUUCUGAGAAGAACAGUAAUCUGAAAGAAACAUUUCUUGAAACCUAAGGUUGGAUUUCUCUUCCUCAUACUGCCUUUUUUAAAAAGGAAAAGAGAUAAUCAGUCCCAUGGCUGGCAUGAAACUUCAGGAGCUAGCAUCUUCCAAACUCUACCAACGCCGGCAGGAUCGUCUGAGUGGCACAGUGGCAUUAUUCAGUGAUGGGAAUGAGAGGGCAGCUGGGAUAUUUGGUAACAUGUCAGAUGCCCUUGCAAAUGCUGUGUGUGAACGCUGUCGGGCUCGUUUUGACCCCACGGAGAGAAUUGUGAACAGCAAUGGGGAACUAUAUCAUGAAAACUGCUUCGUCUGUGCUCAGUGCUUUCGCCAGUUUCCAGAUGGACUCUUUUAUGAUUUUGAAGGGAGAAAAUAUUGCGAGCAUGAUUUUCAGAUGUUGUUUGCACCCUGCUGUGGAGCAUGUGGUGAGUUUAUCAUUGGCCGUGUUAUCAAGGCAAUGAACAAUAACUGGCAUCCAGAAUGCUUUCGCUGUGAGCUCUGUGAUGUAGCUCUUGCUGAUUUGGGAUUUGUGAAGAAUGCUGGCAGACAUCUUUGUAGACCGUGCCAUAAUCGUGAGAAAGCUAAAGGUCUGGGCAAGUACAUUUGCCAGAAAUGCCACUUGAUAAUUGAUGAGCAGCCUCUGAUGUUCAGGAAUGACUCUUAUCAUCCAGAUCACUUCAGCUGCACCCACUGUGGAAAAGAGCUGACUGCUGAAGCCAGGGAGCUAAAGGGGGAGCUCUACUGUCUGCCAUGCCACGAUAAGAUGGGCAUUCCAAUUUGUGGGGCCUGUCGUCGGCCCAUUGAGGGCCGAGUGGUCAAUGCUCUGGGGAAGCAAUGGCACGUAGAGCAUUUUGUUUGUGCCAAAUGUGAGAAGCCUUUUCUGGGACACAGACACUAUGAGAAAAAAGGUCUGGCUUACUGUGAGACUCAUUACAACCAGCUCUUUGGAGAUGUCUGCUAUAACUGCAGCCAUGUGAUUGAGGGAGAUGUGGUAUCUGCUCUCAACAAGGCUUGGUGUGUGAACUGCUUCUCCUGUUCUACCUGCAAUAUCAAGCUCACUCUGAAGAAUAAGUUUGUGGAAUUUGAUAUGAAACCAGUGUGCAAGAAAUGCUAUGAGAAGUUCCCUUUGGAGUUGAAGAAACGGCUGAAGAAGCUGUCUGAGCUGGCUUCCAAGAAAACUCAUCCCAAAGCUCUGGAUUUAAACUCUGCUUAAGCAGUCACUGAACUCAUCUCUGCCAAUUACAGUAUGCCUUAGCAACUAAUCACAUGAGAAUGCUUCAGUGGACCCAAGACAAACAAAAGGUCACCAGUUGUAUCGUGCGCUCUGAAUGUUUUUCUGCUCAGGUAUAAUGUGUAGAUCUGUGCUUCCAGAAGAAACCUGUGGCUGUACAUGAUUUGUUUGCUUUUUGUUUUGUACCUUCAGGUCGUUUCCAAUUUAUUGCAAUCCUAAAGCUCACAGGAUUUUCUUGGAAAGAUUUGUUCAGAGGGGGAUUGCCUUUGUUUUGUUCUGAGGCUGAGAGAGUGUGACUUGCCUAAGGUCACCCAGUGGAUUUCCUUAUCUGAGCAGGAAUUCAAAUCCUUUUCUCUAGAGUUGUAGUCCAAUACUCAAACCAUGACACCAUGCUGGCUCUUGAUAGUGCAUUAUUUCCCCUUUGUAUUAAAUUGGGGGUCCCGCCCCCCCCCCCUGUUCUCUGCUGUGAUUUAGGCUUGUACUACUUGGAAUUCUAUUCUUUUAUUCCUUAGCAUCUUAAAACCAAAAUUAAGCUGAGCCAGCUACAAGUAAAAAGUUUGAGUGACCAUAACUUGCUUAAUCCUUCUUCAGUCACUUUUCAACUCAAAAAUUAUACUUCUACCAAAAAUAAAAAACAAUCUUGAAGUGAAAAAAAAUUGAACUGAAAAGUGAUGGAAGCAGGAACACAAAGUAGCUUCUCUGUGCCCACGCUUUCUUUGUGCUGACUUGCAACCUUAUUUUUGUCUUUUUAAGCAAAGGGGCAAAAAAAAAAAAAAACCCUUCAUGUAACGUGUCUUUUGAACAUUCUCUUAAAACUCUAAGGGACUAAGGCGGGUUAUAGACCGCCAAAAAUACGUAUUGAAUACGUAUUAGGGUUAGGAAGGGGCGGUGCUUCAGCACCCCCCUAACCCUAAUACGUAUUCAAUACAUACAAUAUGGCGGCAGCCGUUCCACACGGCCGCCGCCAUAUUGACAUAACAGACGUUCUGUGUCCGCACGUGGCACACUGGAAGUGACACCGUGAGUGCGCCCUUUGGCACUUGCGGCGCCUCUUCCGGGGCCCGAGAAGAAGCGCGAUUUCCGCACUCCUUCCUCUGUCCGGGAGCCCCGUGGUGUGGCAGCUGCGGCUCCCGGACGCCGCAAGCGGCGGGGGCGGGACAGCGCUGCUUCUUGGCAGUAUGUAACCCGCCUAAUGUGGUGGGAUUAAUGAGAGCUAGAUAAUAACCUUGCUAUUUUUAAUUAGGUCAUUGUAUUGGCAAUACACAGCAUAAUCGUAUAUGGUUAUAUUAUUUGGCUGCUCUUCCCUGCAGUAGUAGCUAAGGUGCUGUGAUUACUUUUCUGCACCAUUGCUGCAAUUGUUAAUUAUGUUUAAGCAAAGACUACUUGUCCCUUCUUCAAGUAAUCACAGCACCUUAGCUGUUAUAGCAGGUAAGAGCAGCCAACUAAUAUAACCAAUAUAAGUUUAUGUUGUUUAUUGCCUAGGAAUACUGUAGUAUAAUUUAACACCUGAAUUCACACCAAAGUGACUGCAUUUUAACUACUGAGUGAAGAAGCUGUUCUCAUUGGCUUCCUUUAUAGUGCUUAUGUGCAGAGAUGGAGUUCUAAGCAUUUAGGCUUCCUUUUUUCUUUUCUUAUUCUUAAUAUUAUCAUCAGUGCGGACAAGCUCUUGUGAGUUUCCUGAAGUCCUACUCUUAGGUGUAAUCUACCAAGCAUUGCAGCUUUACCACUCACCUUUAUUUCAGCAUUUGUUAUGAUAUAAUCCUGUUAAUGGCUGCUCCAAAGCUGGAGCUAUAUGUUGUUUCAACAGAUAAAUUGUCCCAAAUUUGUGUUUUUGGAAUAAUGUUGAAGUGGGAAGUGUGUGGUUAAUACUUCUCCUGCCACUCUUUCACCACAACCUGUUUUCUGUUGAUCUCACCUCCUCUCCAUCUUAUUCCUGAUAUAUAGCUCAUGGUGUAGAGGGAAGGGUGAUGCUGUGGAAAUGUGUGUGGGGAAAGUAUUUGCUCACUUUUGCGGUAGGAGAAGUGGUAGACAAUGAAAGUGUUAAGCACUACCGUCAACCAAUUCUUCUCCAUGUUCCACCCUUCCACAUUAUCAAUAAGAGCUAGAAUUUGAGGCCCUCAUGUUUGUUUUCUAAAUUGUCACUCCAGCAGGAAUAAUAUUAAUCUCAAGAAACCCCACCAUAGUAUUUUAUUCCUUUAGUAAGAAUAUAUUUGAGAAAGUGUCAUAAAACCUUUUUGGGGUUUGUUGUUUUUAGUAUAGAGCAGAAAAACAUGAAUUUAUCUUCAUUUACAUUUUUGCUACUAUAAUUGUGUAUUUGUCUGCACUGUAAUACAAGAGAAUAUUCUUUUCCAGAACGAAUCCUGAAAUUUAUCAGCUGCUUAUUACUUAUUAGCACUUAAUGUUGUCUUUUUUUAACAGCACAGAAGGAUUGUUCUCUAGAACCAUCCUGCACCAAUAAAUAUUGUUUCACAAGGAAGAGCACAUUUUUCUAAUGGUAAACAGACUUUCACUAAAUUAGUCUCUCACCCAGAGUACUGUGUGCUCAGUUUAAAAUUGCUUACUUCUCUGUGUACGUGGCCAUAUUCAUUUAAAUUGAGUAAAUACAGUCUUAUGUGCAUGUAGUCAUUUCACUCCAAUGAAAUGAAUGAUACAUCCGGGGGGAGGGGGGGGUCAAAUUUUUGCUAAGACAGUGACAGAGCUAGCAAAUUGUGUACGUAUCUGAAAAAUAUGCACUAUAAUUUCAGAUUUGCUGUUGUUGUGUGCCUUCAAGACAUUUCCAGCCUAAGGCGGGCCAUUUUUUUCCUGGUGCUGAAAUUUUGUUUUUAUUUUUUAUUCCCCCCCCCUCCCUGAAAAUUGAAGUCCGUUCACUGUAAUUUUGGUCACUAAUACUGUUAUAACACAGUCUGCUUCUGGUCAUGCAGUAAAAUCACAUAUUUUCAUGUAUUUAGUUGUUCUGAAAUACGGAUGAAGGUGUUUAUGUGUAUGUAUAUCCUUUAGUAAAUAUGGACUGUGGAAAGAUGGCACACAAUUAUGGAUCCAACAAGUUAUAAUAUGUCUGCCUUCAGGAACAAGGCACUGAAAUCUGAUUUAACAAUUUCAGUAUGAAGUUCCAUGAAAAUGCAGCUUUUGUUUUACUUUUCUGCCUACAUUUGAUAUAAAAACACUGAAUGCUAUAUCAGAUUUCCAGACCAACUGUAAUACUAAGAAGUCAUCAUUUCUAUUAUUGUAUUUUUCUACAAUCUUCUACUGUUCAUUUAAAAAUACGGUUUCUUUUGAGAAAGACCUUGUUUUGUGGAGGUAGAUUUGAAAUGCCAUAGCUCAUAUCGGCCUUUGUGGGGCAAUAAAUAAGCAAUCUUUGUAUUACUAUUCUCCAAAGUUCUCUAAUAUGAAGAAUUAAGUACAGUCGGCCCUUCUUAUACACGGAUUUUUUAUACACAGAUUCAAGCAUCCUUGGUUUGAAAAUGUACACAAAAAGUAUAAAUUUCAAAUAUCAAACCUUGAUUUUCCAUUUUUUAUAAGGGACACAAUUUUGCUAUGUCAUUAUAUUUAAUGGGACGUGAGCAUACACGGAUUUUGUUAUUCACAGGGGAUCUUGGAACCAAACCUCAGUGUAUAACAAGGGUCCUCUGUACUUUCCUUUCAAGUUGUAUUUUAUGAAGCAUAAUAUGCGAUAAUGUGUAGUCAUUGUUUCUUCCAAAUACAGAAUUUGUUUUUGAAAGUGGAUUUGGAUUUGCCUGUAAACAAUUUUCCUUUCAUUUUUUUCUUGGAAAUGUAAACAGCAAAUAAAUCCUUAAGGGCCAGAUGACCCUAGGAAAUCAGAGGAGUAGAACAGCAGGCUGUUAUGUGAACAUUUUUGUAUGAAAACUGAUUGUCUUAAACGGAAAUCAGUGUUGUGGGGUAAGAUGGGAUGGGAGAGAGUGAUGGACAUAAUGAAAGCCCUUGCUGGCGGUGCAUUGAAGGCACAGCCAAAAAGUAAAUGUAGGCCAAUAUUCUGUAUCUGCUGCUUAGUUAACACAUCGAAUGCCUGGUAAAGUAGGUUGUGCAGGAGGGAGGUUUACGACUGUGAUAAUAGUGUUACAGUCAUGACUAAGUAGCAAUAGUGAAUACCAAACAGUUACAAAUGAGUAUACCUAGGUAAUUGUUCUAUAUUCAUGAUUGCUACUUAGUCAUGAUUUUAACACUAUUGUCACAAUUGUAACCCCCUCCCCCCCUUGCACAACCUAUUUUUACCAGGCAUUACCUGCAUAGGGAGAAGGAGGUCAUUCUGCCUGCAAUUGAAGCAUUGGAGAAUUGACAUUUGUGAGAUGUGGGAGGUUGGGCCAAGAGAGUUUAUGUAGUUGCAUAAUGAGCUAAGUAACUGAUACGAAAUACUGGAGUUACGAUGUGUGUCAGAAUAGGCAGUCAACUGCGAAUUCUGAGAUAGCUAGAACUUGUUUUGAGUCUUUGGGUUGAAAGCACUUGUAUAGUAUCAAAAUUACAGGGAUGUGCAAAUCAGACUCAUGUUGGUGGGAAUAUGCACUGCUUUGCACUAAAGACAAAGUUACUUGCUUGCAAUAUAUUGUUGUAACUGUGUUUUUAUAUUAAUAUAUUUUAUGCAUAUGACCAUUACACAGGCUCAUGGAUUAUUCCUGAAUAUAGCCAAUAUUUUUAUAUGGUGUAUUAUCAGAACAGUAACAUUUUCAACGUAAUUAUAUUCUUCAGUGAUAAGGUGAUAAAAUUGCCCAAUAUUUUGUGGUAAAAAGUGACCAUAUUCAUUGUAGACAAUAGAGAAGUAGCAACAAAAAGGAGCCUUCACAUUUGAGACCCUGGUUACACUUUGUGAGUUUUCCCAGGAUUUGGCUGGCAGGUUGGAGCUGCCCUGCUGCUCCUGCUUUCUUUUUGUAAGAGUGGCCAAAGAUAGCAAAAGAAACAAUGCUGGUGUGUGGGGAAGGCACAUUUCUGGGGAAGGAGCAGGAGGAGUAUCUAGGGUAAAUUCUACAAAAGAGUCCUUCACCUCUCUCAGACUGUGAGUCCUUCCUCGCAGGGGGGAAAAGUGGGAAGCCAGCUGUGCAACUCUCUGCCCUGGCAAAAGAAGGAUUGAGACUCAUUUCUCACUGGGGAGAAGCUUCUUCCUUUGCACCCAGUCACCUUGGAAGCAGCAAUUGAGCAGCCAGUUGAGCAGUGACCAAAAAGCCUCUUGCCUGCACCAGUCUUUGCAGCAAAGACAGUACCUGCAAGAGGCUUCUUGGUUGCUGCUCAGGGAGCAAAGGGAGCAGCGACUGAGAAGUCUUGCCUGCACCAGCCUUUGCUACAAAGCUACAAGGCUGGUGCAGGCAUGAGGCUUCUCAGUGGUUGCUUGAACAGCUGUUUCGUUGUUUGCUCCCUUUGCACCUAGUCACCCUGGGAGCAGCAACUGAGCAGCCAGCCUUCUUUUUGCUAUAAGGCCUGCAUAGGUGAGAUGGGGUAGUAGGCCUGCUGCUGUAUUUACACACAGAGGAAGAGGAGGUGGCAGUGAGUUGGGUGUAGCUGAGGUGGACACUGCUGGCUGUCUGCUGCACAAAUAAUAUAUCUAAUAACAAGAAAUAGGUGUUAGGUAGUGCUAGGGCUGUUGCGCAGGAGGAAGGGGGGAAGUAGCCUCCCAAAAGUUUGGGGACUACUGUAUUAGCACAUAAACCACUGCAAUAUGUACAAGCUUGAGGGAAUUCUCAUUUUGUACAAGGUCACAUUCAGUCCUCCAUGUGUGGUGUCAUUUUUUCCCUCCAAGACCUACAAAGUUGUCUGGCAGUACUUUACUAUGGAAUCUUAUCACAAUAAUGUCACAAGCACCUCUCAGUUAAAAUACUGUAUUCCUCCAUUUUACUUUAUAUUUUUGGAAUGACAGUUCACUAUUGUAUAUUAAAUCUUCACUUAAAAUUAUUUAAAAGCUU